AGGCUUCCAGUGUUUAGAUACUUACAGACCGUGUCAGCAUGGAGCAAGAUGUACAAUGUAUUCGAAUGGAGAAGCUUCUUGUGUAUGCCUCACUGGCUGGAUUGGAGACUAUUGCCAGUAUAAAGAUCCUUGUGUGCCAACUCCUUGUGUCAAUGGAGGAGCCUGCCAGCAGUCUAUCCGAGGAGGAACUGUCCAGUAUGAUUGUAGCUGUCCCAAAGGUUUUAGAGGUCAGGAUUGUUCCCUCAUCGACGCUUGUGCCACUAACCCAUGCGAGAAUGGUGCCCGCUGCACCAAUUGGAAUGGCCGCUACAACUGUACCUGCCCGCCAGGAUACCAGGGACGCAGCUGCCGGCUAGAUAUUGACGAAUGCCGAACACCCGGGCUCUGCCAAAAUGGAGGACAGUGCAUCAACACUCCCGGCUCUUUCCGCUGUCGCUGCCCGAGUAGUUUUACUGGUCAGUUCUGUGAGGCCAACUAUGUGCCAUGUGCGCCUUCCCAGUGCCAGAAUGGGGGCACCUGCCGCCCGACUGGAGACCUCUCCUAUCAAUGUGUCUGCCUGCCAGGUGAGGAAAGGCUUUGUGAUAUGUUACUCUAAACCUCUGUGCUUAUAGGUUUCGAAGGACUAAACUGUGAAAUAAAUGUGGAUGACUGUCCUGACCAUAAAUGCAUGAACGGUGCCACGUGUGUGGAUGGAGUCAACACUUACAAUUGUCAGUGUCCCCCCGAAUGGACAGGUCAGUUCUGUACAGAAGAUGUAGACGAGUGCCAGCUCCAACCCAAUGCCUGUCACAAUGGCGGCACCUGCUUCAACAAUCUAGGUGGACACACAUGCGUCUGUGUCAAUGGCUGGACCGGGGAGAGCUGCAGCGAGAACAUUGACGACUGCGCCACCGCCGUCUGUUUCAAUAGCGCCACCUGCCAUGACCGAGUAGCCUCAUUUUACUGCGAGUGCCCCAUGGGCAAGACUGGUCUCCUGUGCCAUUUGGAGGAUGCGUGUGUUAGCAAUCCAUGUCACAAGGAUGCCAUGUGCGACACUAACCCUGUGAACGGGCGAGCAAUCUGCACCUGUCCUCCUGGUUUUACUGGGGGAGCUUGUGACCAAGAUGUGGAUGAAUGUUCCAUAGGUGCCAACCCUUGUGAGCACUUUGGUCGUUGUGUGAACACUCAGGGUUCUUUCCAGUGCCAAUGUGGUCGGGGUUACACUGGUCCUCGAUGUGAAACCGAUGUCAAUGAGUGCUUGUCCACCCCCUGCCAGAACGAUGCAACCUGCCUGGACCGAAUUGGGGAAUUCACCUGUAUUUGUAUGGCAGGCUUUACUGGUACAUUCUGUGAGCUGAACAUUAACGAAUGCGACAGCAGUCCAUGUGUGAAUGGAGGCAAUUGUAAGGAUAUGGUCAAUGGAUUUACCUGCAGCUGUCCUGCUGGUUUCUCAGGCUCCAUGUGCCAGAUUGACAUUGAUGAGUGUGCCAGCACUCCCUGUAAGAACGGAGCCAAGUGUGUGGAUAGACCCAACGGUUACGAGUGUCGUUGUGCGGAGGGCUUUGAGGGUACUCUUUGUGAGCGUAACAUAAAUGAAUGUUCUCCUGACCCGUGCCACCAUGGGAAGUGCCGGGAUGGCAUUGCCAGCUUCACUUGCACAUGUGACCCUGGAUACACUGGCUAUCGCUGUGAGAACCAGAUAAACGAAUGCCAAAGUAACCCGUGUCUACAUGGAGGAAAAUGUAUUGACCUGGUCAACAAAUACUUGUGCUACUGUCAACCAGGAACCUCAGGUGUGAACUGCGAGUACAAUUAUGAUGACUGUGCCAGCAACCCUUGUGACUACGGCGAGUGUGAAGACGGAAUCAACAAAUACGAAUGUGUCUGCAAGCCGGGAUUCACAGGUCCGCUCUGUAACAUAGAGGUGUCUCCAUGUGCAUCCAACCCAUGUCGAUCUGGGGGAGUCUGUCAGGUGACACAGAAUGGUUUCCGCUGUGUUUGUCCUGAGGGUGGUGGACCCCGCGACUCUCUGUGUAACCCCACCCAGCUAUGCACUCCUACGUGUCUCCAUGGUGUGUGCCGCAAAGUCAAUGAGGUAUAUGCAUGCGAAUGUCACCAGGGCUGGUCCGGCCGGUCGUGUGACCGGCGGAGCAGUGACGUUUGUACUGCCAGCACCUGUCAGAAUGGAGGAAGUUGCACUGACCAUCUUGGACGACCAGUCUGCCGCUGCCGGGAGGGCUUCCGAGGUAACUUUUGUGAGACUAAUAUUAAUGAGUGUGCCCCAGCUCCUUGCCUGAAUGGAGGAACGUGUGUGGAUGGCAUUGCCGGAUAUAGCUGUCUGUGUACUCUGCCAUAUACAGGCCAGACAUGCGAGACCCUCCUUGUGCCCUGCAGCUCUGAGCCUUGUCAUAAUGGCGGUGUCUGCACAGCAUCUGCAGACUAUGAAAGCUACACCUGCAAAUGUCUUUCUGGAUGGGAAGGUGACACAUGUGACAUUGAUGUGGAUGAGUGCAACAGGAGCCCUUGCCAAAAUGGUGGACAGUGCGCCAACCUUCCAGGGGGAUACAACUGUGUCUGUAAGCCAGGUUACACUGGUAACAACUGUGAGACUGAUUAUAAUGAUUGUUCACCAAAUCCAUGUCUUAAUGGCGGUUCCUGCAAAGAUGGCGUGAAUUCGUACUCCUGCACAUGUCUGCCUGGCUUCACCGGACCGAGAUGCGUGAAUGAGAUCAAUGAAUGUCUUAGUAACCCGUGCCGCUACGGAGCCACCUGCUUGGAUUAUGUUAACAGCUACGUGUGCUCCUGUGCGCCGGGAUACACGGGGCCAGUCUGCGAAACCAACAUACCGGACUGUACUGAGAGCUCCUGCUUUAAUGGUGGAACCUGCGUAGACGGCGUGGACACUUACACCUGCAUCUGCCGCCCUGGCUUCACCGGUUCUCACUGCCAACACGAAGUGGAUGAGUGCGCUUCCCGACCCUGCCAGAAUGGAGCUGUGUGUGUGGACAGGGUAGAGUCCUAUCGCUGUAUCUGUCCCAAUGGAUACACAGGGGCGCAGUGCCAGAACUUGCUGGAACUUUGCCGCCGCUCCCCUUGCCAGAAUGGGGGCCGUUGCACUCAGAUAGGCCCGUCUAUCCGAUGUGAGUGUCUACCUGGAUGGACAGGAAGUUACUGUGAUAUCCCACGUGUCUCUUGUGACGUAGCAGCAAACAGGAAAGGUGUUCGUGUGGAUACGCUCUGCCACGCUGGGGGAACCUGUAUGAACACCGGCAACUCUCACAAGUGUUUCUGCAGAGGGGGCUACACUGGCAGCUACUGUGAGACGCCCAUCAACCAGUGUGACCCCGAUCCUUGUCUUAACGGAGGGUCUUGCCACAGCUACCUUGGCGGUUAUGUGUGUGAGUGCCCGGCUGGAUUUGAAGGAACGAACUGUGAAAUUAACAUAAAUGAGUGCCAGUCUCACCCGUGUCAGAAUGGAGGAUCCUGUAUUGACCUGAUUGGUCGUUACAUCUGCUCCUGUCCGCCAGGAACCCUUGGAGUGCUGUGUGAGAUCAAUGAAGAUGACUGCUCCACUCUCACCAGUUCUGGCCAGCCCAAGUGUCUGAACAACGGCACCUGUGUGGAUAAAGUUGGGGGCUACCGCUGCAACUGCCCUCCAGGAUACACCGGCGAGAGGUGCGAGGGCGACAUCAACGAGUGCCUGUCUGGACCUUGUGUGGCACUCAACACCCGCGACUGCAUCCAGAUGGCUAAUGAUUAUCAGUGCAUAUGCAAGAAUGGCUAUACAGGCCGCCGCUGCCAGAGUGUGGUUAACACAUGCGAGUCUCGGCCUUGUCAAAAUGGAGGUGUCUGCCGUGUGACAGUAAAUACCCCUCUUGGGUACACCUGCCGAUGUACUACAGGUUUCGCUGGACCCUCCUGUGAGCGGCCUCUAAAUUUCUGUCGAGACGUUAAUUGCCCAUCUGGCUCCUCCUGUGUCCCUUCACCUCAGGGCCCUCAGUGUGUUUGCCCCCCAGGCAUUGUCUGCCGUACCUUAAUUAAUGUCACCUCAAAAACUCCCCCUUUGCCCUGCUCUACAUCGCCUUGCCAAAAUGGAGCUCGGUGUGUCUCUGCCGACAAGUUCCCCUACUUCAUCUGCCACUGCCCGCAGUACUUUACUGGCACACGGUGUGAUAUAAAAGACCCGACUGUGGCCCCACCAGUUCAGGAAUGUAGCCCACCACAGUGCCUCAACAAGAUCGGAGAUGGCCGCUGUGACCGGGAGUGCAAUUCUCCAGAAUGUCACUGGGAUGGUGGAGAUUGCGCUCUGUCUGUGGAUAACCCGUGGAAGGACUGCCUCGGGCAAAGCUGUUCCCUCCUGUUCAAUAAUUCCAGAUGCGAUCCGGAGUGCGCGUCGGCCGACUGUCUGUUCGACAACUUUGACUGCCGGGAGAAGACCGAGCGCAGCUGCAACCCCGCCUAUGAACAGUACCGUUUGGACCACUAUGGAGACGGUCGGUGCGACCAGGGAUGUAACUCGGAGGAAUGCGGCUGGGACGGUCUUGACUGUGCCGGAGGCCGGGAUGGAGAGCAGCUGGCAGAGGGAGUGCUGGUCCUUGUGGUUCUGCUCCCUCCGGAACAGCUCCUGAAGGAAAGUAAAGCAUUCCUGCUGAGACUCAGCGCCAUCCUGCGCACCUCUCUCCGCUUCCGUGUGGAUAAAGAUGGGCAGUACAUGAUUAAACCGUACAGGAGAGGCCAGGUGGCAGAACGGAGGGUUAGGAGAGAGCUGGACAGUGACAUCAUAGGGUCUGAGGUGUUGUUGGAAAUCGACAAUCGGCUGUGUAAAAAGCAGGUUGACAAAGAGCCAUCCGAGUGCUUCCCGGAUACAAAGCAUGCUGCCGAUUACCUGGCUGCGCUGAGCGCAGUGGAAAGGCUUCAUUUUCCUUAUCCAAUCAAAUCUGUGCACAGCGAUAAGAUUGAAGAGCCUCCCCAGUCGUUGCACCUUCUUCCACUAGUGGGCGUAGCUGGGCUGCUGGUCCUGAUCGUGGCAGUGCUGGGCGUCCUGGUGUCCAGAAGGAAACGAGCCCACAGCACCUUAUGGUUCCCGGAAGGAUUUAUAUUGAAAAAGGAGAGAGACAGACGUGAGCCCGUGGGACAGGAUGCUCUGGGACUUAAGAACAUCGCCAAAGCAGAACGUCUUAUGGAAGAUCCUUCUGAAGACUGGACUGAGGCAGAGUGUCCCGAGACCAAAAGACUGAAGACCGAGGAGCUUUCCCCCUGUCGCCAGGAUCCUGUAGACCCACGGCCAUGGACGCAGCACCACUUAGCCGCUGCAGACAUCCGACUUCCACCAGCUACAGCGCUGACCCCACCGCAGGGUGACUAUGAGACUAAUGGCAUGGAUGUCAACGUGAGGGGCCCAGAUGGAUUCACCCCGCUGAUGUUGGCAUCCUUCCUGGGAGGUGGGCUUGAGCCAGAGUCUCAGGAAGACGAGGAAGAAGGGGAAGCCUCGGCCAUCUCCGACCUCAUCUGUCAAGGGGCAUCUCUUGGGGCACAGACGGAUCGAACUGGUGAGACGGCGCUACAUCUUGCAGCGCGGUAUGCCAGAGCAGACGCGGCCAAGAGACUUCUCGACGCUGGCGCUGAUCCCAAUGCUCAAGAUAAUACAGGACGUACCCCGCUGCACGCCGCCGUGGCAGCCGACGCACAAGGCGUUUUUCAGAUUCUCAUCAGGAACCGAUCCACAGACCUAGACGCUCGAAUGGGCGACGGCUCUACUGCGCUGAUCUUGGCUGCCCGCCUGGCAGUGGAGGGGAUGGUGGAGGAGCUUAUCGCCUGCCACGCUGAUGUCAAUGCUGUGGAUGAACUCGGCAAGUCGGCUCUUCAUUGGGCAGCAGCUGUGAAUAACAUUGAGGCUGCCAUGGCUUUGCUGAAGAAUGGAGCCAACAAGGACAUGCAGGACAGCAAGGAGGAAACCCCAUUGUUCCUAGCUGCCCGGGAAGGAAGUUAUGAAGCUGCAAAAGUUCUCCUUGAUCACUACGCCAAUCGCGAGAUUACGGACCAUAUGGACCGCCUCCCUCGUGACAUAGCUCAAGAGAGGCUACACCACGACAUCGUUCAGCUCCUAGAGGAACAUAAUGCGGUCAGGGGUUCCCAAGGGACAAUGGGAGGACACACCAUGUCACCACUACUCUGUCCUCCUAACGGUUUCAUGGGCAAUAUGAAGCAGACACCACAAGGCAAGAAAAGCCGCCGGGCAAGCUCCAAAGCUGGCGGGGCGAGCCUGAGCCGAGGAGAAGCAAAGGAGGCGAAAAACCGAAACAAGAAGCUGUCUCUCGACUGCCCAUCUGGCGGUGGCGGUCUGCUGGAGAGCUCGGUAACACUCUCGCCUGUUGACUCCCUCGAUUCACCGCGUGCUUAUAGUGGCAAUCCUGGCUCCCCAGCAAUGGCCGCGCCUGGCACAUUUCACCUCGGCUCCUUGUCCGUGCCCUCCACCCCUCUUGUGAAUGGCCUUAUGGAGGGGCCUUUUGCUGUGUCUUUGGCUCGUCUAAACGAGAUUGGAGAAGCCCAAGGGAACGCCAUGAUGGCCCUUCAAGGCAGAGUGCCAAUGCAGCGUGCACCAAGCUGUGUGGUGAACGGGUUAAAUAUCGGCAUGCUCAGCGCAAGCGGCAUUCCCUUCGCGUGGCAGAGCCAGGUGCCCUCUUCACACCCCUCACGCAACAUCAUGGCAGGAGCCCCUGCGGGUUCCGUGCCUAACUUACAUCAGCUUCACGCCCAGCAAGUUAUGAUGCUGCAGAACCAGAUGGCCAUGCAGAGUCCGGUGAAGAUCUCCAUGGAUCCGCAGUGCCAGAUGGGCCCAGUGGCCCCAAACACCGCUCACUUGAGGCAGCAGAGCAUGCCACAUGUAGCCGAGAGGUCAACUCAGGCGGUCACGGCAACCGAAGGAAACUACUUCAAACAGCAGAGCGUACCCAGCGAGGGCCGCAUCCAGACGCCACCAGCUAUGACCGCUCCUCCUCAGCAAACCUUCGUACCUUCUCAAGAGGAAACCCCGAAACACUAUCUACACAUCCCCACUGAGCACCCCUACCUGACCCCCUCCCCUGAGUCUCCAGAGCAGUGGUCCAGCCCAUCCCCUCGCUCCGUGUCAGAGUGGUCUGACACUACCCCCAGCCCAGUGGUAGUAGGUGGGACCCACGGGCAGACGUCCCACUUACCCGACCACACCAACAACAUGCAGGUGUUUGCCUGACCGACAUAAGACCUGCCAAUACUUUGUAGUGCCUUCACCCCCCUUUUUUCCCCCUCUUUGACUCUCUCGUUCACCUUUCAUUACUUUCCCCCUUUUUCUUUUUUUUACCCCACGACUUGUAUAGUGUUUGGAGCGCUACAAAGCAGAAUAUGAAGUCUCCAGUGAUUUUAUAAGAAUGUUUUAUGACGGGACCAUGAAGAAGAAAAAAAAACAAAAAAAACUUUUAUCUACAACGGGACCAAUUUUUAAAAACUCUUUUUUUUUUUUGUACAGACGUUUUCGAACGCGAUCGUUAUUAGUUUUGAAGGAAA